ACUGUCUGAAAAAUGUGUUUUUCUUUCAUAGAGACCAAAAUGCUUUGAAUCUUCAUUUUGCCAUCUUCUUCUUUUUCUUCAUCUCAAUUAUAGGUGCAAAUUUAUAAUUUAUGGGAAAUACUGAAUCAACAUACAAUGAUGACUAUUGGCAUCAACACCCUUCCUUCGCAGGAAGUCAACCUGCAUCCUACUCUGGGAGUGGGAGUUCAAUGGAUCAGAAUUACGGACCUAGGCAGCAAUCAACAACUAUAGCUGACAAUUUCAACUCUUUGGCAGAGGUUAUAUCAGCUUUGAGAGAGGCAGGACUUGAAUCAUCGAACCUAAUACUUGGUGUUGACUUCACAAAGAGCAAUGAGUGGACAGGAAGGUAUUCAUUCAAUAGGAGAAGCCUUCAUGCAAUUGGCAGCACACCCAAUCCUUAUGAGCAAGCAAUAUCUAUCAUUGGCCAGACUUUGUCACCUUUUGACGAAGAUAAUUUGAUACCUUGUUUUGGAUUUGGUGAUGCAUCAACACAUGAUCAAUAUGUAUUCAGUUUUUAUCCUGAUCAUCGAUAUUGUCAUGGUUUUGAGGAAGCUCUUGCACGGUACAGAGAGAUUGUUCCAUUCUUAAAAUUGUCAGGUCCAACUUCAUUUGCACCAAUUAUUAAGGCGGCAAUUGACAUUGUAGAGCGAAGCAAUGGGCAAUAUCAUGUGCUUGUCAUUGUUGCUGAUGGCCAGGUUACUAGGGAUCCUGAUACACCUCCUGGAAGAUUUAGCCCACAAGAAGAAGCUACCAUAAAUUCUAUUGCUUCUGCUAGCCAUUACCCCCUCUCAAUUAUUUUUGUUGGUGUGGGGGAUGGACCAUGGGAUGCAAUGCAACAAUUUGACGAUAACAUUCCCCAACGUGCUUUUGACAACUUCCAGUUCGUCAACUUUACAAAGAUUAUGUCUGAGAACAAAGAAUCAUCAAAAAAGGAAGCAGCAUUUGCGCUUGCUGCCCUCAUGGAAAUUCCACAUCAAUACAGGGCCACUAUAAAUCUUCGUCCUGUCAAUAGAGAACUAGAUAAUGGUUCGCAUAUAAGGCCACUUCCACCUCCACGUGAAGUGAUUGAUCAUGACAAUGCAGUUAAAUCAAUCCCACUCAGGAUAAUUUUUGAAAAAGUUGAACCUGCAGUCCCAGUGGCAGAACCAGUCUGCCCUAUCUGCUCAACAAAACCAAAGGACCUGGCUUUCGACUGUGGUCAUACGGUAAACUUGCAAGGAUUGUGGUUCAACCAUUUCAUCAUGCCCCGUGUGUCAGCAGCCAAUAACAACACGCUUGAGACUGUUUACAUGAUUGAGAGAUUGCUUUCUAUGAUGUUGAAUGUCUUGUACGUAUGUCAAAGACGUACAACGAAAAACGAAAUUCCCAUAGAACAAAGCAGUGUGUACAAUAUAGUAUGUGCUCAGGCAGUCUUUUACUAGAUAAAUUUGAUAAAUUUGGUGAAGUGAGUAAUGUUUUAAAUAAUUAUACUGUGUUGAUCUAACACGUGGUGGCUUACUGACCACCCCAAUGAAGAAGUGUUCGGACACUUAAAACCUAGUUCUAUACUCAGGUUUCCCUUAUUCGAAAUUCCCUACUAUCAAAUAAUAACAAUAAUAAUAAUAAUAAUUAUACUAUUUU